AUGGACUGGUUGUCUUUCUUUCGUGCCACGAUUGAUUGCUUCUGUGGGCGAGUGUCUGUUUGCCCUCCCGUGGGGGAUUAUUUUCACUUCGUGGGAGAUCGGAGCGAUUUCCACCCGACGAUGAUUUUCAGUAUCGGUGACUGGAGUCACCAUAGGUCUUACUUAGCUAGCCUGUUAGGUGACGAGGGUAACAGUCUAGGCCGUGUUUUUUCGACAGUUGUAGAUGAGUUUCUGGAUGUCUUCCCGGAGGAAUUGACAGAACUCCCUCCUCUUCGGGAGGUUGUCUUUGCCAUCGAUGUCAUUCCUGGUACUGCACCUAUUUCUAUGGCACUGCACCGGAAAGCGAAUGUAGUGGCAGAUACACUUAGUCGCCGACCUUCUGGGAGUCUUUGUGCAGUGUUCGCUACUAAAAGAAAUGCUUUGAAGACCAUUGAUGAGUUGUUUGAUGCUUUUAUGGCAUGCAUGGUAGUUACACCUUCGAUCAUUCAUAAGGUGGGCGAUCAGGUUUUACUCAAGGUGUCUCCUAUAAAAGGAGUAACGUGCUUUGGAAACAAAGGGAAGUUGUCACCACGUUUUAUCGGUCCUUUUAUGAUUGCGGAUCGAAUUGGAGCGGUGGCUUAUCACUUAACACUUCCAGACCAUUUAGAUCAUGUCCAUAAUGUGUUCCAUGUUUCUAUAUUGCAGAAAUUUUUUCGUGAUGAAGAUCGUUAUCAGCAUAUUGAUGUUGGUGAGAUUAAGUUACAACUGGAUGCAACUUAUGUGUAA